CGCCGCCAAGAGUGGCGGGCACACUGAUCCGCGGCCAUGUUGGCGCAAGCCAUGUUGGCUCAAGGCCCGAGAGAAGGGCGCCCUUUCCCGUAGAAGUGCGGACAGAGGGCUUCUGCUACACUUACUUACGAUGCGCACGCGCACGAUCAUGUCAGGAAGACGUUGGGAGCAGCUCGCAGUGGUCGCUCUCGUUCUGACGUCGCCCGCGGGCGCCCUCACGCCGGAGAGCCCCGACUCGCAACCCGUGCCGCGCUCUCGCCCAUGCCGGAGGCGCCCAGCUUCCUGGCGCCCGCUGCCGCCGAGGAGGUGCAGUCCCACGUGCGGGCCUGGUUCGAUGUGGUCGAGUCGGAGCUGGCGGCGGUCGACUACUCGAACCGUCCAGCCUGCGUGCCUAUCGCUGGCGCGUGCAUCACCCUGGUAGUCCACAUCUCAGAGAGCAGGUACGAGCUCCACUGUGGUGCGUUCAGUGGCUGUCGUGGCCCGCCACGGAAGGAUAUCCUGCACGUGAUCGUGCCAGGUCUCCCCGCUGAUGUGGACAUGUGCGUGCCCUUCGGCCUGCACGACGGCGCGCAAAACGUCCGUUCUGGCAACUUGGGCAUACCGGUCCUCGGCGCUAUGUAUCACCCGCUGUCUUCCACUAUUGUUGUGCCUUUCGCGAUGGGCAACGUCAGAUUUGCUCUGCCGUAUGUCAACACGCUGGGAAAGGGAUGUUGCCAUGUAACAGCACCAGCGCGCGCAUCAAGAAGGCCGUCUUCCGCGGCAGAACGCAGUGGAAGGGGAUGAAGUUCGGGACGUGCACGCAGAGCUGCGGCUGGGAAGACAAUGGCCGCUGGCUCCUUCACAUGCUUGGCGAGUCUCACCCCGACAUGUUCGACGCUUAUGUCACAAGAUCCACCAGAGAAGCAAUGGCAGCGACUUCCUGCCCUUGACGGAACAGCUGUGCAACUACCAGGUUAUACUGAACGUGGGGAGCGCCAACGACUAGGCCGAAAGACUCAGGCAGUGCUUUUACGGAAACGCCGUCGUCAUGUUGCCCGAGAAUCCGUUAUUCGAGUUUUUCAACAGCUUCAUGCGACCGUGGAGGCAUUUCUGGCCCAUCAUGUCUGACCUCAGUGAUGUCGUUGAACAAGUGUCCCAUGUCAUGUCGCUGUAGAACACGUCGCGGCAGCUGCAGGGUCAGAAGGAUUUUGACCGAAAGUAUUUGAGCGAGGAGUUGAUUCAUUAUUACAACAAGAUGGUUAUCAUGGAGUACGCCGCGCGGGUGAGGAACUUCGUCCACGGGACGCAGGCUGCCCAGAGCAGCGCCGCCGCAGAGGAGGCGAGGUCCCUCCUUAAGCUCGACGGUGGCCGUCGCUACCAUGAGCGCGAGUGCCCGCCCAGAUAUCCUAUUUGACGUGGUCAGUGCCCACGCAUUUCCCCUGUCAGCUCGGCGGGUUACAACAACAUCUGUUAUCAUGGAGUACGCAGCGCGGGCAAGGGGCUUCGUCGACAGGGCGAACCCUCUCGUCGCGGGGCUUCGUCGACAAGACCCAGCUAUCCGAAACAGUUUUAGGUAGGUUCCUGGCCAGCCCCAGCCAGGGGAAAUCCAGGAUAUGCUUUUCCUUUGUUGGCUCAGCUAUCCAAAACAGCGUCGCCGCAGAGGAGGCGAGGUCCCUUCUUAAGCUCGGCUGUUGGCUGUUGCCGACACUUCCAUGAGCGUGAGUGCCCACCCACUUCCACUUGACUUGCAUGUGUACGCUCAGCGCGGCGCGCAUUUGGCGCGUCGACUGUUCGUCGUCUGGUCACUGAUUGUUCCAUCGUUGUCAAAAAAGGUGGCGGGCACACUGAGGCUCCCAGAUGGCUG